AUGGAUCCUAUCGCAAUCCACGAAAAUUACAUCCACCGAGAUUCCAUCUCGAGUGGAGAAUCUGGCCAAUUCAAUCGGCCAGAGCUCACAAGGUUGGCAGCACAGAAAUCGCAGGUCUCGCUCGUAUCCAAUUCCUUAGUUUUGGCGCGUCCUCCAGAAAGCACCAGUGGUGUCACUUUCGUCUGUUCCCAGCCAGAUAACGCCAGUAUGGCGGCCAGCAUGGAGGCUAGCAUCAGCGGGACCAUAUUUAGCGACAGUGAGGCUGCGUUUAAUAGCCUUCCAGAGAGCCAGCCAACCAUUGACCUGGGUUUCAGGCCCCAAAAGGCAGACAUGAACGACAACGAAGAUGCCUUCUUCGUGCAAGACAAGCAUUUUUUUAUUCUAUCGGUUGCUGGUAAGCCAAUCUACUCGAUGCACGGAUCCGAUGAGAUUCUCACGGUCCACGCAGGCAUAAUUCAGACGAUUGUUUCGUACUUCGAGUUUAAUCCGGACGGCGAGACGGAACAGCUGCGCACGUUCACAUCUGGCGGCGAGAAAAAAACGCGCUUCUGUUUCCUGAACAAAACGCCAAUCAUCCUGAUGGCAAUCUCGUCUCUUGAUGAAACUGAGCUGCAGAUGAACCAGCAGCUGGAUUUUCUCUACAACUUUCUUCUCACGAUUCUAAGCAAGCCUCACAUAGACAAAGUAUUCCGAAAAAGAGAUAAUUUUGACCUCCGAAAGUUGCUGGGGAAAGCCGAUAUAGCCUGUUUGGACUCGAUAUGCAACGAUUUAGCUAAUUUCAACAACCCAGGGCUUAUCAUUGGUGGUUUGGAAUGCCUCAGAAUGCGUAAGUCCGUGAGAAGACGAAUCGAAAAUGUGCUGCUUGCCGAGAAGUCAGAAAACCUGUUGUAUGCACUGCUGGUGGCUCCUGGUGGAAGACUUAUCACUGUGUUACGUCCACGUCGACAUACUUUACACACAUCGGAUCUACAAUUGCUAUUUUCCAUGAUUUUCAACACAAACACGUUUAGAUCGACACCUGAGGGAAACGAAGCUCAACAGCUUGCAUCUAACGAAGAGUUCUGGGUUCCAGUGUGCUUCCCGAAAUUCAAUCCUAACGGAUUUCUCUACUCAUUUAUUCAAUUUGUGGAUUUGAAAGACGAGAAAUUAAUGUACCUACAUGAUUUGAACAUGAGUGCGCUGGAACAGGACGGGAAUCCGGACUCUAGCAAAAUUACUGUCAUACUAGUGAGCGCAUACAAGGACAGUUUCUUCGAGAUGAGAAAGAUCGCGAGCUCCAUCAUCAAGUCUCUGAAGCUCAAUAGAACAAUAUACAGAGACCUUUUCAAGGCAGUCGUUGGCACGCAAGGAGCUAACGGCGAAACGGGGGCAAGCUCAGGCAAGGUGGACCCAGUGGAGAUACCAGCGCCGUUGGUUCAGCAUUUUGUGUUUAAAAGCAAAAAACAUACGCAGUUCGUGUUUUCAAGACUAGCACAUCAGCGGGAGCCUGACGAGAAUAUGAGAGGACAAUUGAUGAUGCUCUAUGCGCAAUUACACUCGCGCUUUUCUGGUGCUUCUCGAAUCACAGGCUCGCAGCAGGAUUCGGAUUUUUUGGAUGAAAGCCAUUUUAUUAACCUGGUCAGAUGGAAACAUCACAACGACAACCUAGUCGGUUUCUUGAUUACCACCACCAAUUAUGAGCUUUACUUACUCACAAACGGUGGCAUUAUGGACAAAAAAGUGUUGUUACGCUCAUGCAAAAAUAUAAUCAAGUGGUGCAAAAAAAAUCAAGAUCGUUUGUUCAUCUCCGGAGGUGCAGUGUUUUAA